GCAGAGAGGAGACGCUCGCGUCCACAUAAAGAGCAGUAGGCGGUGCGUCACCGAAAGCCUGCCCAAUUUUAAUGAACAGUGACAACGGGCUCCGCUUUCACCGUGGUUAAUAGUACAGUAUUCUGUUGGGGAGGUCCCCACCCCUCAUUCUGCACUGAAGAUCUGCUUUAACAGAGCUGUAAAAUCUGAAUUGGCAGUUCAGUGAGGAAAUGUCCAAGUUAUUCCGGGCUGUUAUCAUGGGUCCACCAGGCUCGGGGAAGGGGACCAUAUCGGAGAGGAUCGCGCACAGUUUCGGCCUUAAACAUUUAUCCAGUGGAGACUUUGUUCGAGAAAACAUCGCUGCGAAAACUGAGGCUGGUGUUCAAGCUAAGACGUAUAUAAAAAAAGGAUUGCUGGUACCAGACCUUGUCAUGACACGUCUUCUGCUGCCUAGAUUGGAGGAGAUGACCAAAUACAGCUGGUUGUUGGAUGGUUUCCCUCGAACACUAGCUCAGGCUGAAGCCCUGAACAGUGCCUGUGAUCUGGAUGUAGCCAUCAAUCUCAACAUUCCUUUGGAAACACUGAAGGAAAGGCUGCGACAUCGAUGGAUACAUCCACCCAGUGGCAGAGUGUACAACAUGUGCUUCAAUCCUCCCCGCAUCCAGGGGAUAGAUGACAUCACAGGAGAGCCAUUGAUUCAACAGGAAGAUGACAGACCAGAAGCCCUAGUGGCCAGACUGAGACACUACAAAGAUGUUGCCAAACCUGUCAUAGACUUUUAUAAGGCUAAAGGCAUCCUGUACACAUUCUCGGACACAGAGACAGAUCAGAUCUGGCCGAAUAUCAGCACACUUCUCAGCACAAAGAUCCCCACCAUCCAAUCAGAUGCUCGAUGUGCUUCAACUCACUGAGGGAAUCCUCUGACAGUCUCAAAUCAAAGACAACGGCACUAAUUGACCACAUUUGGAUUCCAAAGAUUCCAUGCAUUUUUAUCGUCGCAACUUGUCCAUUGGUAGUAUAGUAUUAUUCAUUGUGCUAGCUUUGAUUAUUUCAGUUCCUGAAAAGUUUUUAUACAUUUGAAGGACUUGUUCUCUGCUUUUAGCAUUUGCUGGAAUCUGGGAAUCAGUCGGGGUAAAAUUCAACUUAUAUCUUACAAGUACAAGAGUUCUAAACGUGUUAAUGGUUCCUAGAUUUCAACUCAGAGUGCACAAAUUUUAUAUAGACGUGAUUAAAUUGCAUAUGAAUAAUGAAGGGUAGACGCAUGUGACCUUGUGUAAGUGAACGAGACACUGAACUGUUCAAGCAUUCCAGUGAGAUUGAAUUAUUUCUGAAGGGGCUUUGCUUUACUUUAUAUCAUCUCUGUCUGUGAUGUUUGCCUUUCUUAUAUAUUUCAUAGUAGUGUUACAAUUCUUCUAUAUACCAUAAAAAUGCUAUAAUUAUUUGUAUGUGUUUUACAAACUCUAUAAUCCAAAUAUCCCAUGCCUUGGAGAAGUUCAGUUUCUUGAUCUGCUGAAAUCGGCUAUUGUGAACACCAGGCCUUAUUCUUUGAGAUACAUUGAUAGAAUGUUUAACUGUGUUAAAAAUCAGACCAAUAUAUGAGUAACACUUUUAGCAAAUGGCAAUAUAUAAGUAUAAUGUGAUCAAAUAAUCCUAUACCAUAUCAGAUCUUCUUUAAACACUGCCUUCUUUCGUAUAUACUGUUCAGCAUUGCCGCUUUAAUAGCCAUAUCUGAGAGAGCCGUUGAUAGAAAAGAAUCUAAUGGGGUUAACUGUGACUGUUCAGCCAGAACAACAGUGAUGGUUUUGUUUUUUAUCCAGAAGAUUAAAACACAGACUUGAUCAAAAACCACAGAUUAAAUUACAAU